AUGUCAAACAACUCGCAAUAUGAAAAAGAUUCUCGUGGACGAAUAAACACAAAUAGUACUACCCGCAGACAAGCUUUCAACACUGCAAAAGAUGUGAACGAUAUACCUCGUUGUCAAUCACCUGAUCGUCAAUUUAAAGUGCAAGACAAAGAUACUGGUAAUGAACUUCGUGCUUGGGAAUAUACAAAUAACAAGGGUCAGCAGGUCGAAUUUCGUGAAGAUAAACCAAAGACCUAUCCUGAUGGAGGAAAACAAAGCGGGCAUAUUAACGCAGGAGAGGCCGGUAGCAAACUUAACAAACAACAUCAUAACUACGAAACGAAAUAG